AUGAGCGAAUCCUGGCAGAGGUCGAGGCCAUGGCCAAGGGACGCCGCGAUGACGCCGUCCGAGCCGGCUGCAGCCGCGGACGCGAGGACCGGCGAGGCGUCGACACUGAGGGACUUCGGCACGUCGAUGGACGCCAUCUCGUUCGGGUUCGCGGCCACGGCCAUCCUCAUCUCCAUCUUCCUUCUCAUGGCCAUCUUCGAGCACCUCAUUAAGCCCCAGGCCUUCCCGGCGCCGGGUAGCUCACCGGGCCGCCGUAGGCGCAACCACCGCUCGCCCGGCAAACUCCACGGCCCGCCCAUGGUAGAGACGGUGAUGCAGACAGUGGACCUGUCGGUGCUGAUGCCGGGGCAGCGGUACCCGACGUACCUGGCGCAGCCGGCGCCGCUGCCGCUGCCGCCGUCGUGUCCAAGGGAGGGGGUGCAUUGGCCGCCGCACGACCACCACGGCUCCUACAUGCCACCCUGAGAAGUCGACAUUCCAUCUGAGGAGCACAUCUUGUAGAACAUGUUGUACAGUGGAAAGAUUGUAAAACGGAAAUGCUAAACCUACGGACGGAUUGCUACGGAAAGAGACUUACGGGAUGACUUGCAAGUUGCAAGUUGUAAAAUGUAGCAGAAUGAGCGAGUGAGCGGAGCGUACCAUCCUGCACUGAGUGUUAAA